AUGAUUACUCUACCACCAAGACACUAUUGUGUUAUUGAAAAUCCUGUUGUGAAAAAUGAAGAUGAUCAAACACAAUUCGACAAAAAUGGUCAGGCAAAAUUGUCGUACGGUAGCCUAGAUGUUAGAUUAGAAAAAGAUUAUAAAGAACCAUUUCCAUUGUAUCCUGGUGAAGUUUUAAAACAAACUGCCACACUUUUAAAAUAUGUUGCAGCUAAUUCAGCAUUAAGAUUAAAGGGUGUUUUGGAUUUUGAUGAUAAUGGAGAACAGAGAAAAGCUGGAGAUGAAUGGCUAUUCGAAGGACCAGGCACUUAUAUACCACGUAAAGAAGUAUCGGUUGAGGAACAUAUUGUUGCUACCGUGAUCGGUCCAAAUCAAGCAAUAAGAUUGAGUGCUAAAAAAGAACUUAUCGAUCGUUUGGGUCAACGUCGUGUGGCAGGUGAAAAUUGGUUAAUAAAACAGUUGGGUGCUUAUGUACCAUUGGCUUAUGAAACAGUUGUUGGUAUUGAGAAUGCCCAUGUUGUAACAGAUAAAAAAGCUUUACAUUUACGUGCAUUGAAAACAUUCAAAGAUGAUUUUGGUCAAACAAGAAAUAAUGGUGAUGAAUGGCUCGUCACAAAAGAACAAACUGAAACAUAUAUUUUGAAUGUUUAUGAACAACUUGUGGCAAUUAUUGAUAUAAAAACAUUGAAUUCAAGACAAUAUUGUGUCAUCUUAAAUCCAGUUUCAUCUGACGGUAAAAAUCAAUUGGGCAAGAAGAAAUUAGUUGUUGGUGAUAAAUCUUUUUUUCUGCAACCUAAUGAACAAUUAGAGAAAGGAAUUCAAGAUAUAUACAUCUUGAGUGACGAUGAAGGCAUCGUAGUGAAAUGUAUCGAAUCGUUUAAUGAUGAAAUAUACAAUGUGACUCGUGUGCCGGGCGAUAAAUGGGUAGUAAGAGGACCAAGAGAAUAUAUACCACCAGUACAAGUCGAAGUAUUAGAAAAACGAAAAGCGAUACCUUUGGAUGAAAAUGAAGGUAUCUAUGUUCGUGACUUGAAAACUGGUCGUGUUCGUGCGAUCAUUGGUAAUACAUACAUGUUAACACAAGAUGAAGAACUCUGGGAAAAAGAAUUACCAGUAACAACUUUUGCUAUUAUGUCUUUAUGUGCAGCUGACGAUGCUUCAAUAUCAUCAAUGCCAGCGGGUUCUACAAAGAUCAUUAAUUCAAAACCUUCGUGUUUAAUAUAUCCAUUACCAGCUAUGUGUAAUCCAUGCAAAUAUGGUCAACCAAUCAAAGGAGUUGUUUGUGGACAAGGAUCAGGAGCAUGUGCACUUAAAGAUGGUAUAUGCAAAAUGAAUCAAUACGACAAAAUUUAUUGUUGUCCAUAUGAACAUGCACGUUGUUGCCCGACAGAAUAUUCAUCUUCUAAGUGCAAGUUACAAUGUACAACAGAUGCUCAAUGCAAAUCUUCUGAAAAAUGUUGUGGAAAAUUUUGCCGACGAUGUGUUCCUGCCAUAUACUAA